AUGAUCUCUGAUCUAUCUUUGAAUGUUGCUGCAGCUAGCUGCUCAUGCUUAUCGGAUGCUGUAUCUUCUAUAAGUGCAGAUCCAUUGGGCGCAGCUUUCUGUUCGCAAUACAUUUCCACAAUUUGGGACACCACAAGCAUUACAACGCCUUUAGCAACCACAAUCGUUGUUGAAACUGUUCCCGCGCUUAUCACGAUUACUACCACAGUUCUAAGUGUGGGCAGUACAGAAUCUACAAAGACUACUAUUGUCACAUCCCCAACUACUGAAUGCUACACAGGAACUUCUUUUGGAAAGCAGCAAGGGUCAGCAAUUACCCAAGCGCCCAGAGCACUAGAGAACAAGCGGGUUACCCAGGCAAAUAUUCCAAAUGCAAUUCUGCCUACACCUCCAGCUAUACUAUCUAUCGAGAGUUCACUGGUCUCCUCAGCAUGUGAAUGCUACCUUGGCCCUUCUGCUACUGUGACGGAGACUUUGACGGAUUUUAUCGGCUCAGGAACACUUACAGCAACAGUCGACUUCACGACCAUUCCAACCAAAACCGCUUAUAUAUCCCUAGUUACAACGUGGACGGAUGUUGAGGUUAUCACUUCAUCUACUGCUACGGCAACUACCACCACUACAUCCACUGCCUAUACACCGGUGCCUACAAAUACAGACUUGGGUUUAAAUUGGUACUAUUACACUAGCCCAUAUGCAUUCCAGGGUUCUAUCCCCUUUAAUGCGCAGUAUUUCAAUAACCCAAAUUACAAUUUCAGUGGUUAUAUUGAGAAUGUCAAUGGAUUCCACACCGGUCUAGCCUGGUCAACUACAGAGACGAACUAUACAUGCAGCCUCGUUAAAGCAGAUUGUGGUUACGUCGGUGUGAUCUUCCAAGGAUACCUGUGGGCUGCACAUAGCCCAGGCAAUUAUACACUUUCUAGUGAUGAUAAUUCUGACAACGCAUUCUUGGUUUGGCAUGGAUCGAAUGCGUACAGUAACUAUCAGAAUUCAAACUACGACUAUCAGGCAAACUACCCCUCUACUUCUGGAAGUGUCACUAUCAAUGUCGGUGCCGGAGAGCUGGUACCCAUAACUCUGUUGUGGGCCAAUGGAGGUGGCCCAGGCCAAGCUGAUCUCAGCAUCACUAGCCCUGCUGGAACAAAAUAUUCAAGCACCGCUGGAUUUUUCGUUCCAGCUAAUAGCACCUGCCCAGGGUACACUGAUCCAUUCUCCCCUUAA